AUGAAGGCCAACGUUUUAUUUGCUAUUUUUUCGGUGGUUCUAAUGGCGAUAUCAUAUGCCAACGCCGCAAGUACUGCAGCUACUGCCACCACUGAAGCACCCCAAUCAACGACAGAAUCCCCGUCAUUUCCACAAUGGUCAUGGACGGACUUCAUUAGGUUUUGCAACGGGAGCAGUAGUGGAAACAAAUUCUACUUUUUCUUUUAG